AUGAGGGCAUGGCGUUUGGAAGGCCAUGCUGAGCACGUCGACCUCGGCCACCACGUGCGCCUCUGCCUCGAGGGGUUGCCGCUGUAUGCUUGGGAUGAAGAGGCGGUCGCCAAGGCCGUCGGCUCCGGCUGCUCGCUGGACUACAUCGAGCCAGCUUCCAAGCUCAAGACGACGACCAAGGCUCUGGCCUUGUGGGCUUGGACGCCAUGCCCAAGCAAGGUGCCAAGAGUGAGCUGGAUCACCCUCCCUGCACGCAACGGUGGCGCUCCGGUGUAUGGCCGCAAGGGGCUGGAGCAUCGGGUCCUUGUCCACCUCGACAUCCAUGAAGAUCCAUCCUCGGGCAGAGUGGUGUCCAGGCCGCACCCCUGGAUAUCAAACGUCGUCGACGGGGAGACCUUGGCUCGUGACAGGCGCGAGCGCAUCUCUCGCCCUGUCCAGCGCGACCGCCAUGACCGCCAUGGCCGUGACGACGAGGAAGACCGUGGCCGCGGGCGCGACGGCCGGGGCUCGUCCAGAGGCGGGCAAGGCUGGGGCGACCGCAUUCGCCGGAGCCUCUCCCGUGAGCCGCGCGACGGGCAGCGCGACAACGACAGGGAACGCCGUGAUGGGCGUCACGAUGGUCGUCGCCGGGAAAUCCCUGACCUUCCCGUCGUCCUUGGCGCCGCUCCGGUGCUUCUUGGCUCUGGCUCCUUGAGCGCUACUACUGUGCGUGCCAGGGAGCUGGAGCCCCUCCACCCCACCACGCCUGCUACGGCUGCUGUUGGCGCGCGUGGCCGUAGUCCGGUCAGGCAGUCGCGCCCGGCCUCUGCAUGGCGCAUAUCCAGGGAAGCACGCCCUCCACCGGCGUCGCCACCGCUGUCUCCGACAACGGUGCUCCGAACCCCGCCAGCGCCGAAACGUGACGAAGCACAUGCAGCAGCAGUGGCAUCCCAGGUCCUGAGCCCGGUGCUCAUCGAGCUAUGUUCGCCAGCCACGAUGCAGCGCCCGCUCCUUGACAUCUCCCCGCUACGGCCUUCAGGCUUUGAAGCAUCCCCAACCCCGCCACUCCAGUGCAACGGCAACCUGCAGCGAACCCCUACGCCACCCCGUGCUCGCCCCCAUGAUGCUAGGCACGACCUGCCGGCGGGCCUGGCUGAGCUCAUUGUGCCCUGCCUUGAGCUUCCGGCUACGCUCUUCUGCCCAAGGCAGCCGGCGGUCCUGCCAUCUGCAGCCACGCAACCUCCCCCUGAGAUGCCCUUGGCAUCUCCAAGGCCAAGCCCUCCAGCGGCCCGUCGAAAGACUUUGGCGGGCAUGAGAAUCUCCAAGGAGGGCGGCAUCUCUCUGCAACGGACCCGGCGACCUUCCAGCCGCACGCCGGCUGCUCCGGUGGCAAAGGUGGCCGAGCGCCUGGUUUGCCGCAGCCUGGGCAUAACCAAAGAUGGUCAAGAUGUAACUGCUUCGAUCCUGGAGGCGUUCACAGAGAGAUUCAAGGAGCAGCUCCCUCCUGAAGUGAUUGUGGCCAUGAGGGACUUCUUCAAGCUUGAUGACAGUUCUAUUAGCGCUGCUGAGGAUGCGCUGAUAGACCAUGGUGGUGCUGCGGCAUUAGACUCUGUGGGGCUGGAGCAAGACGGCCAGGGAUCGGAGCCGGCGAUCGCUUGA